GCUCCACGGAGCUCGGCGUCGCUACGCGUAGAUUUGCGACGCCGUCGACCCCAGAGGCGGGGCCGGAAGCGCUACGGUUUGACCCCCAGCUCUGUUCCCGAAGAGGCGGCAGUCUUUCUCCCGACCCGCUCCGCCUCCUCGCCUUCUCUCCCAUUACCUGGAGGCCGAAGCCCUCAGUCAGGGCGGGGCGGCGCAGCGCGAGCUCCCAGACCCGGAAGAAGCGCCAUCACCCGCCUCCACCAUGGAGCCCACCGCGCCGUCCCUCACCGAGGAGGACCUCACUGAAGUGAAGAAGGACGCCUUAGAGAAUUUACGUGUAUACCUGUGUGAGAAAAUCAUAGCUGAGAGACAUUUUGAUCAUCUACGUGCAAAAAAAAUACUCAGUAGAGAAGACACUGAAGAAAUUUCUUGUCGAACAUCAAGUAGAAAACGGGCUGGAAAAUUGUUAGACUACCUACAGGAAAACCCAAAAGGUCUAGACACCCUUGUUGAAUCUAUUCGGCGAGAAAAAACACAGAAUUUCCUGAUACAGAAGAUUACAGAUGAAGUGCUGAAACUUAGAAAUCUAAAACUAGAACAUCUGAAAGGACUGAAAUGUAGCAGCUGUGAACCUUUUCCAGAUGGAGCCACGAAUAACCUCUCCAGAUCAAAUUCAGAUGAGAGUAAUUUCUCUGAAAAACUGAGGGCAUCCACUGUCAUGUACCAUCCAGAAGGAGAAUCCAGCACGACGCCCUUUUUUUCUACUAAUUCUUCUCUGAAUUUGCCUGUUCUAGAAGUAGGCAGGACUGAAAAUACCAUCUUCUCUUCAACUACACUUCCUAGACCUGGGGACCCAGGGGCUCCUCCUUUGCCACCAGACCUGCAGUUAGAAGAAGAAGGAACUUGUGGAAACUCUAGUGAGAUGUUUCUUCCCUUAAGAUCACGUACUGUUUCACGACAAUGACACUUUAUUUCCUUUUAGUUUUUAAUAAUGACAAAAAAUGUUUUAAAGAAUAUGAAUCUUCUUUUAAUACUGCUGUAAUGAUUUGUUUACAUUUGACACAUAUCUUUUAAAAUGCAAUGUAAGCAUACCUUGUAAAUAGAAUUUUUAGAAUAAAAAAGCAUACUUUUAGGAUAGCUAACUAGAUCAUGUACUUUUUAGUAAUUUCUUUUUUUCCUUUUUUUAAGGUCUUUCAGUAUUUUUUUAAAUAUUUUAUAUUUUCAGACUAAUUUUAAUAGGGACUAUAUCUCUGUUUGAGAAUAGACUCUUACACUGGGAAUAACUUUUUUUUCUGAGUACAUUUGUGCUAGAAAUGUUCGGUCUAACAGUCUUUGCUAGCCAUUAAGCAGAAAAUUUUCAGCAUUAAGCUGUUCCUGUUCAGUAAUAAAACCAAUCACUGAUUAGAAAACUACCAAUAUA